GCAAUGGCGGCGGUCAGUCUGAGCGCUGUGGCUCCGGGAGCCUGAGCCGCGCCGGGGGAUGGCCGGGAUCGUCAGCCGCCUCUGGAGCCGCGGCCUCGGGCCCCGGUGGCUGCUGGAGCCGCGGAGGGGCCUGUCCGAGGCGGCGAGCCGGAGGCGCGAUGAGCCCUCUCCCGUCCACAAGUACGUGGGGGAGAGAGCCAGGCGGCGCCACCGAGUCUUCGUCUGGGGCUUCUCCCCCACCGGGGCCCUCGGUGUCCCCAGCUUCGUGCUGCCCGACAGCGGCAGGAAAAAGCCCAGGAAGAUACAGCUCAGCCCGUACAGGUUGGAGAUGGAGGCCAAGAUCUCCUCUGCUUCCUGUGGCUAUGGAUUUACACUGAUGUCCUCAUCGACCAGGGACAUCACAAAGCUCUGGGGGAUGGGACUCAAUAAAGACUCACAGAUUGGAUUUCACAGGAGUCGACGUGAUCGAACAAAGUGCUACGAAUACGUCCUGGAACCUUCUCCAGUGCCGCUGCCGUUGGAAAAGCCUCAGGAUACUCGGGUGCUGCAGGUGGCCUGUGGGCGAGCUCACUCCCUCGUCCUGACCGACCAUGAGGGAGUUUUCAGUCUGGGGAACAAUGCCUAUGGACAGUGUGGCAGGAACAUGGUAGAUGGAGAGAUUUACAGUGGCAGUCACAUCAUUCACCGGAUCGAAGGCAUUGACGGGAAGGUUGUGGAGGUCUCCUGUGGACAAGAUCACAGCCUCUUCAGGACAGACAAGGGAGAGGUUUACUCCUGCGGGUGGGGAGCAGAUGGGCAAACAGGCCUCGGGCACCACAACAUCAGCAGUCGGCCGGCCCAGGUGCAGGGGGACAUCGCAGGGGUGGAUAUCGUACAGGUGGCCACGUACGGAGACUUCUGUCUAGCCGUGUCUGCAGACGGCCACCUGUUUGGCUGGGGCAACUCUGAGUAUAUGCAGCUUUCUGCAGUGACUGAGUCCACACAGUUGUUGGCUCCGCGCCAUUUGCCAUUUGCUGGAGUUGGGAAGGUGGCACAGGCAGCGUGCGGUGGGUCCCACGCAGCUGUUCUGAACCGAGAUGGUGAUGUCUUUGUGUGGGGCUAUGGAAUUCUGGGCAAAGGCCCAGAUCUGUCAGAAUCCCAAGUGCCGGAGAUGAUUCCGGGAACGCUGUUUGGUCGCUCAGAGUUCGCUCCUCAUGUCCGGGUCGAUCAGAUUCGCUGCGGCCUCAACCACUUUGCAGCCAUCACCAAUCAAGGAGAGCUGUUCGUGUGGGGGAAGAACCUGCGCGGUUGCCUGGGGAUCGGGAGACCUGACGACCAGCACUUCCCGUGGCGGGUGACUGUCCCGGGAGAGGUGCUGGAUGUGGCGUGUGGCGUGGAUCACAUGAUUGCUCUUACAAGAUCAUUCAUCUGAGCACCAAGUGCCAUGAGGGAUUGGCCAGUGGGCAGCCUGGGCUGGGACCCGGCUCUGCUCUGUGGGGAAGCCUGGUGUUUCCUGUUGGGAGUGAGAUUUUGGGAUGAGGCGGGGCUUUGCCAGGCCUUUUGUGUAUAUAAUGUGUGUACCACUGUGUUUAACUCAGAACUGUAACCAUCGAAAUAAAUGUCAGAUUUGUGCAA